GAUGGUGUCCUACAAGGCCAUGGCUGCCCUGCUGGUGGUACACGCAGCCACCAUGCUGGCCUCCCAGACAGAAGCCUUUAUGCCCAUCUUCACCUACAGUGACCUCCAGAGGAUGCAGGAAAAGGAACGGAACAAAGGACAAAAGAAAUCCCUGAGCGUGUGGCAGAGGUCUGAGGAGGCAGGUCCCCGAGACCCCGAGGAGACCUCAGAGGAGGAAGAAAACAAAAUGAUCAAGCUGACUGCUCCUGUGGAAAUUGGAAUAAGGAUGAACUCCAAGCAGCUGGAAAAGUACCGGGCCGCCCUGGAAGGGCUGCUGAGUGAGGCACUGCCCGGUUACCAGCAACUAGACGCAGUGUCCACUCUGUAUUGCCAMCUCACCACCCGCCACGAGCAAGGGCUCAGCCACGGAUAA